AUGGCCACCCACGGUCCAAUUAAUGGCGUCAAGAUCUCUCCCGUCGACGAUCCGCGCAAGAUCGUCAAGGUCGUCGCCUCCGACGGCAAAACGGGCGACACUCGUGAUCUCAUCUACACCAACUGCAAAGUUAUUGGCAAUGGCUCCUUCGGCAUUGUUUUCCAAGCCAAGCUCUUGGAGGAUUCCACCCCAAUUUGCGACAUCGCCAUUAAGAAGGUCCUCCAGGACAAGCGGUUCAAGAACCGUGAGCUGCAGAUCAUGAGACUCGUCGCGCACCCCAAUGUUGUCGACCUCAAGGCCUUCUUCUACUCGAACGGUGACAAGAAAGACGAAGUGUACCUCAAUCUUGUGCUCGAAUAUGUACCUGAAACCGUGUACCGCGCCAGCCGGCACUAUGCCAAGCUCAAGCAGCCCAUGCCUAUGCUCCAAAUCAAGCUGUAUAUGUACCAACUCCUCCGCUCCCUCAUGUACAUCCACUCUAUCGGCAUUUGUCACCGCGACAUCAAGCCCCAGAACCUCCUGCUCAACCCAGCCACCGGCGUCCUCAAGCUGUGCGACUUCGGUUCUGCUAAGAUCCUCGUUGCGGGCGAACCCAACGUGUCCUACAUCUGUUCGCGCUACUACCGCGCACCGGAGCUUAUCUUUGGGGCGACCAACUACACGACCAACAUCGACAUUUGGUCGACCGGCUGUGUCAUGGCGGAGCUCAUGCUCGGGCAGCCCCUGUUCCCUGGAGAGAGCGGCAUUGACCAGCUGGUGGAGAUCAUCAAGGUGCUGGGUACACCGUCGCGCGAGCAGAUCAAGACAAUGAACCCGAACUACAUGGAGCACAAGUUCCCACAGAUCAAGCCUCACCCGUUCUCCAAGGUGUUCCGUCCGCGCACCGCUCCCGAGGCGAUCAAUCUGGUCGCGAAGCUGCUUGAGUACACGCCCGAGGCGCGGCUGAGCUCGGUCGAGGCCAUGUGCCACGAGUUCUUCGAUGAGCUCAGGCAGGAGGGCGCGAAGAUGCCGAACGGCAAGGAGUUCCCGCCGCUGUUCGACUUCACCAAGGAGGAGCUUUCGGUACGGCCGGACCUUAUGCGUCAGCUCGUUCCUCCGCACUGCGAGCCGGAGCUGGGGUCGCGGUCGAUCCACCUGGAUUCGUUCGUGCCGAUACCACUGGAGCAGCUACGGAUCUCCUUGGACUAG